AUGCAUUUUCAUCAUCAUCGUCGUGGAAGAAAGCCUCAUAAUGAUGGAUCAGAAUCGUUGAACAGGGAUCGUGAUGUGGGUCUCUCAUUUUUAUAUCAUUCAAGUAGACAUUGUUUACGUUUAAGUUAUCCAACUAUUCCAACAUAUUAUUCAUUAGCAUAUUUACCAAUGCCAUAUCUAUCGAAAAAUAAUGCACGUUCAAUGCAUUCAAAUUUUCAAAUAUUGUUAUAUAAUUUUCUUGAACGACCAGCUGGACUCAAAUGUUUUUUUUAUCAUUUUCUUGUGUUUUUGGUGGUGAUUGUUUGUCUUGUUUUAUCGGUAUUAUCAACAAUUGAAAAAUUUUCAGAAUCUUUAUCAAUAUAUGUUUAUUGGAUUGAAAUAUUUCUUGUUCUAUUUUUUGGUAUUGAAUAUAUUCUAAGACUUUGGUCAGCUGGAUGUCGAAGCAAAUAUAUGGGUAUCAUAGGUCGUUUUCAUUUUGCACGAAAACCUAUUGCUGUUAUCGAUUUAUUGGUUGUUGUCGCAUCAACUUUAUUGCUAACAUUAGCAACCGAACAAAAAACAUUUGCUGCAUCAGCUAUUCGUGGCGUUCGAUUUUUACAAAUUUUACGUGUUUUACAUGUUGAUAGACAUGGUGGUACAUGGCGAUUAUUAGGAAGUGUAGUUUAUAUUCAUCGACAAGAAUUAAUUACAACAUUAUAUAUUGGAUUUCUUGCAUUAAUUUCUUGUAGUUAUUUAGUUUAUAUUGCUGAAAAAGAUGAAAAAGGUGAAAAUUUACGAGGUGCUAAAGGCAAUGAUAGUCAUUUCGAAUCAUAUGCUGAUGCAUUAUGGUGGGGCGUUAUUACAAUAACUACUAUUGGAUAUGGUGAUGUUUAUCCAAUAACAUGGCUUGGAAAAAUUAUUGCUUCUUGUUUUGCUAUAUUUGCAAUAUCAUUUUUUGCUUUACCAGCUGGUAUACUUGGUUCUGGUUUUGCUUUGAAAGUUCAACAAAAACAACGACAAAAACAUUUUUCUCGACAAAUUCCAGCAGCAGCAACAUUAAUUCAAGCAGCAUGGCGUGUUUAUGCAAGUGCACCUGGUUCAUCAUGUACUGCAACAUGGAAUAUAUAUUUACGUGCUACUGUUCCAAAUGUAUCAUCAUCAACUAAUAAAACAUUUUCAACAAAUAAUCAAACAUUUGGCGAAAGAACAGCAGAAAAACUUCGAUAUUUACGUUUAUCAAGUUCAAUACGAAAAAGUCGAUCAAAAAGACAUAGUCAACCAUCAUCACCAAAUCUUUUACAAUCACCAGUAAUGAGUGAUGUUCGAAAUUCAACUUCAUCAACAUCGAAUACAACAGGAUGUUAUUUGAUGUCAACUAAUGAUCAUGAUGAUGAAGAUUUUGAAGAAGAACCUAUUAAACUUUGGUCUUUAACUGAAGAUCAUAAACGAAUGAUUCGUUGUAUUCGUAAAAUGCAAUUAAUUGUUGCUCGUAAACGUUUUCAACAAGCUCGAAAACCUUAUGAUGUACGAGAUGUACUUGAACAAUAUUCACAUGGACAUAUUAAUAUGAUGAUGAGAAUUAAGGAAUUACAACGAAAACUUGAACAUACUAUUGGUAAACAGCCACCAUUAAGUAAUGAAGAUCGUUCAAAAUUAACUGUUCUUGCACGUAUGCAACGUGUUGAAUGUUCAAUUAUUGAUAUGAAACAAACUAUGGAAAAUAUUUAUAUAUCAUUAAAAAAUAUUGAUGAUAAAAUUAAUCACUUAUCGAUUAAUAAUAACAAUCAUCAACGUACAACACGAUCGAUUAUUUCACAUGGUGGUGUAAAAUUUUCUUCUAUUGAUCAAGAAAUCUCAUAA